AUGAGUGAAAAUCAAAGUACUUUAGAUAUUGAAACAUUAUCAAAUACAAGUAAAGAGUCAAAAAAAACAUGGAAAGAAACAUUUUCAAUAAUAAGUCUUAAAAAGAUGCCAUCUUUACCAUCAAUGACAUUUCAACAAUGGAAAGAAAAACAACAAAAUAUCAAAAAUCAAAUGGAGAAAGUUAUCAAUAAUGUUAAGUAUGGUCAAUGGAAUUUUUAUCCUUAUAAAGAUAUUAAUAAGGAUUACGAUAACAAUAAGAGUAUUUAUCUUCUUGGUAAAGAAUUUGCUGAUUCUAAAAUGAUUCAAAAUGAUAUAUUAAGCUUCGAACAAUUUAUAGAAUAUUUUAAAUCACGAUUAUGGUUUACCUAUCGUAUUGAUAUACCUUCUAUUCCUUAUACUAAAGAGACUGGUGAUUGUGGGUGGGGAUGUAUGAUAAGAGUUAUGCAAAUGAUGACAGCCCAAGCUUAUUCCAAAAUUUUUGUUGAUAAUAAUUUUAAAGGAAAUUAUAAUGAUUACCUUAAAAUUUUAGAGCUUUUCGAUGAUAGUUCUAAUGGGCCAUUAGGUUUAAGUAAUUUUGUCAAAUACCCUUACGAAAAUUAUAAAAAAAAAGUUGGAAGCUGGUUUUCACCAAGUGAAGCAGCUCAAGUAAUGAAUCAAUUAUUAAAAGAUCAAAAAAUUAAAGAUAAUGAUAUAUUAAAUAGUAUAAGUAUUUAUUGUACUGUUAAUUCUUGUCUUGCAAUAGAUCAAAUAGAAAACCUUUCAGAAAAUUGGAAAAAAAGAAUCUUUCUUAUUAUUCCCGUUAGAUUGGGUGUUAAAGAUAUUAAUAAAUGUUAUUAUGAACAUAUUACAAAAAUUUUUUCAUUUCAUAAUUGCCUUGGUAUAAUGGGUGGAAAAGCAAAAAGAAGUUUAUAUUAUAUUGGAUGUUAUAAUGAUUCACUUAUAUAUUUAGAUCCCCAUUUAAUGCAAGAAUAUGUUAAUUUAGAAGUAGAAACACCUAAUAUUGAUACAUUUUUUUGUAAUAUUCCUAAAAAAGUUCCCCUAUCGCAAGUAGAUCCUUCUUGUGCCAUUGGAUUUUUAAUAAAUAAUAAGGAAGAUCUUGAUAAAACAAUUUAUCAAUUGGUUAUAAAUCAAAUAGCAACCUAUGAAAUGGCUGAUGGGUUUUUUAAAAAAGUUCUUAAUCCCAUAUUUACAAUAAUAGAUCACUCGUCACAACUUAAAAAAUAUAUUCCCAAUCAUAACAAAGAAAGUUUAGAAAGAUUAAAUCCAUCAGAUGAUUUCGAAAUGUUAUAA